AUCUGGCAACGCUGGACUAAGAAUUAUUUCUUUCCAAAACAUUGUCAACAAUUUUGGAAAACUUUGGAAAUUUCGGUUUCAAAUUGGGGUAAAAGGUUUGGCGAACAGACAAAAUGGUCAAAGACAUACCAGACAGAUGGUUGAAGUACAAACCGAUUGGAGAUCGUGUUCCUGGCACUCGCUUCAUCGCCUUUAAGGUGCCGCUGAAUCAGCAUGUCAACGCCAAAGUGGAGGAGAAUCUUCGCCUGGCGCCCGAAUCCCUUCUGCAGUUUGUACCCGAUCUGGGUCUCAUCAUCGAUUUGACCAACACGGACCGAUACUACCACCCAAGUGCCAUAACCAACCACGAUGUGCGCCACCAGAAGCUGAUGAUCCCCGGAAAGCAGACACCUUCGCAUAAGCUAGCAGAAAGAUUCUGUGCUUUCGUGAAAGACUUCCUUGAAAGCAACGCGGAUAAUGACAAACUAAUUGGCGUCCAUUGCACACAUGGAGUAAAUCGAACUGGUUAUCUGAUCUGCUACUUCAUGAUCAGCGUAAUGAACAAGUCCCCUGAGGAGGCGAUACAAACCUUUUCUUUGGCCCGCGGCCAUGAAAUCGAACGCAACAAUUACUUGAGCUCUCUGAAGACACUCCCGAAUCGGGAGACCGUAUCGGAGCUUGCUGCCACAGAGAGGAGAUCUUUCACAAAAGAAGAUUGGCGUAAGCAAGCUGCCGAUUACCAAAGGGAAAGAGAUGUGCAUCAGAAAUACAACCACAGACUGUCAGGAGGCUUUAAAGCGAUAUCCUAUCAGGAAGACGACGGGAAGCAAUAUCAGUAUUCCCGUAACCAUAGACCGCAUCCAGACGAAGAGCAAUAUAGGUUUCAAAGUAACCGAUCAGGAGGAGGCUAUCAGCAGGGCUUGAAACAACAUCCUUAUUACGGUAACCAUAGACCGCAUCCAGUCGAAGAGCAAUACAGGAUUCAAAGUAACCGAUCAGGAGGAGGCUAUCAGCUGGGCUCGAGAAGCUAUCAACAGGACCCUCAUCAAAGGCAUCAAAGGAACUGGGAUUAUUCGAGAAGAAACUACGGCGAAAGAAACUACGGCGAAAGAAACUACAGUGAAAGAAACUACGGCGAAAGAAACUACAGUGAAAAAAACUACAGCGAAAGAAACUACAGUGAAAGAAACUACAUCGAAAAAAAGUACAGCGAUCAAAAGUAGCCGCUUCGUUGCAUUUAAUGUUAUAGUUUUAAAAAAUCCUUGAGUGGAAUAAAUUUCGAACGGUGUGUUGAUCAAUUUGUAAAUUAUUGCUAAUUAGCUGCAACUACAAGUACGACAAUUAAAAUUCAUUUGAGACCACAUAAUGGUAGUUAACAAGCAGGCGGCUUAGAUCGUGUGAAGAUACAAUAAAAGUUGAGAAAAA